CCCUCGGGGUUGACCGGCCUCUUGCGCUGCCUUUUGCUCUGCACCCUGUGUGACUUUCUUUCCCUGGAAGCCUCUCUGAGUCUCUUCCCGUUGCUGUCUGCAUCUCUGUCCUCAUCUCUCUGUCUCUGUUUUCACGCUGAGUCUCUGGUUCCAGCGGCCUGUCACCGUCUGUGUCUCUGUGGCUCUCAUGACUUUUUUUCUGUCUCCUGCCAUCUCUGUGUGGGAUUCUUUGUCACUCUGCCCCUUCCCUUCCCCUUCCCUCUGAAGCUUGCAUCUCUGUGUCCCUUCGGGCCUGUCAGGUCCUUCUCCUCCCCGGAGCCAUCUGGAGAAGAGCCAGGACUGGGCACAAGGCAGGACUAAGACAAUGGCAGUGGCCAGUCUGCGGCCAUGGGUGGCCUGCCUGCUUGCGAUCCUCCUCUCCUUGGGAUUUAGCCUGGACACUCGCGAGGUGUGCCCCAGCCUGGACAUCCGCUCAGAGGUGGCAGAGCUGCGUCGACUGGAAAACUGCAGCGUGGUGGAGGGCCACCUGCAGAUCCUGCUCAUGUUCACGGCCACCGGCGAGGACUUCCGUGGCCUCAGCUUCCCACGCCUCACUCAGGUCACCGACUACCUGCUGCUCUUCCGUGUCUAUGGCCUGGAGAGCCUGCGUGACCUCUUCCCCAACCUAGCGGUCAUCCGCGGUGCCCGCCUCUUCCUGGGCUACGCGCUGGUCAUCUUCGAGAUGCCGCACCUGCGGGACGUGGGGCUGCCAGCGCUGGGGGCCGUGCUGAGUGGGGCCGUGCGCGUGGAGAAGAACCAGGAGCUCUGCCACCUCUCCACCAUUGACUGGGGCCUGCUGCAGCCUUCACCUGGCGCCAACCAUAUUGUGGGCAACAAGCUGGGCGAGGAGUGUGCCGACGUGUGCCCUGGCGUGCUGGGCGCCACUGGCGAGCCCUGUGCCAGGACCACCUUCAGUGGGCACACCGACUACAGGUGCUGGACCUCCAGCCACUGCCAGAGAGUAUGCCCCUGUCCCCGUGGGCUGGCCUGCACGGUUAGGGGUGAGUGCUGCCACACUGAAUGCCUGGGAGGCUGCAGCCGGCCAGAAGACCCCCAUGCCUGUGUCGCCUGCCGCCACCUCUACUUCCAGGGUGCCUGCCACAGGGCGUGCCCUCCAGGCACCUACCAGCAUGAGUCCUGGCGCUGCGUCACGGCCGAGCACUGUGCCAGCCUGCGCUCUGUGCCUGGCCGCGCCUCCACCUUUGGCAUCCACCAGGGUAGUUGCCUGGCCCAGUGCCCUCCAGGCUUCACCCGUAAUGACAGCAGCAUAUUCUGCCACAAAUGCGAGGGGCUAUGCCCCAAAGAGUGCAAGGUGGGCACCAAGACCAUCGACUCUGUCCAGGCAGCACAGGAUCUGGUGGGCUGCACCCACGUGGAAGGGAGCCUCAUCCUCAAUCUUCGGCAAGGCUAUAACCUGGAGCUGGAGCUGCAGCGCAGCCUGGGACUGGUAGAGACCAUCACUGGCUUCCUCAAAAUCAAGCACUCCUUUGCCCUCGUGUCCCUAGGCUUUUUCAAGAACCUCAAACUAAUCCGGGGGGACACCAUGGUGGAUGGGAACUACACUCUGUACGUGCUGGACAACCAGAACCUGCAGCAGCUGGGCUCCUGGGUGGCUGCGGGGCUCACCAUUCCCGUGGGCAAGAUAUACUUCGCCUUCAACCCACGCCUCUGCUUGGAACACAUCUACCGCUUGGAGGAGGUGACUGGCACGAAGGGACGGCAAAACAAGGCAGAGAUCAAUCCCCGCACCAACGGAGACCGAGCUGCCUGCCAGACACGCACCCUGCGCUUCGUGUCCAACGUGACGGAGGCCGACCGCAUCUUGCUGCGCUGGGAGCGCUUCGAGCCGCUGGAGGCUCGCGACCUACUCAGCUUCAUCGUGUACUACAAGGAGUCCCCAUUCCAGAAUGCCACAGAGCAUGUAGGUCCAGAUGCAUGUGGGGCCCAGAGCUGGAACCUACUGGACGUGGAACUGCCCCUAAGCCGCACCCAGGAGCCAGGUGUGACCCUAGCCCCGCUGAAGCCCUGGACACAGUACGCAGUGUUUGUGCGGGCCAUCACGCUGACCACUGAAGAGGACAGCCCCCACCAAGGAGCCCAAAGCCCCAUCAUCUACCUCCGAACCUUACCUGCAGCACCCACAGUGCCCCAGGACGUCAUCUCCACGUCCAAUUCCUCCUCCCACCUGCUGGUGCGCUGGAAGCCACCGACCCAGCGCAACGGAAACAUCACCUACUACCUGGUGCUGUGGCAACGCCUGGCAGAGGACAGCGACCUCUACCUCAAUGACUACUGCCACCGCGGCUUGCGGCUGCCCACCAGCAACAACGAGCCCCGCUUCGACCGCGAAGACGGGGAGCUCGAGGCCGACAGGGAGCCUGGCUGCUGCCCUUGCCAGCACCCACCUCCUGGGCAGGUCCUGCCACCGCUGGAGGCACAGGAGGCCUCCUUCCAGAAGAAGUUUGAAAACUUUCUACACAACGCCAUCACCAUCCCCAAAUCCCCUUGGAAGGUGACGUCCAUCAAUAAGAGCCCUCAAAGGGACUCAGGGAGGCACCGCCGGGCAGCCGGGGCUCUCCGGCUUGGGGGGAACAGCUCGGAUUUCGAGAUCCAGGAGGACAAAGUGCCCCGGGAGCGAGCGGUGCUGAAGGGCCUGCGCCACUUCACAGAGUACCGGAUCGACAUCCAUGCCUGCAACCACGCGGCGCACACUGUGGGCUGCAGCGCUGCCACCUUCGUCUUUGCACGUACCAUGCCCCACAGAGAGGCUGAUGGCAUCCCAGGGAAGGUGGCCUGGGAGGCAGCCAGUAAGAGCAGUGUUCUCCUACGCUGGCUUGAGCCACCAGACCCCAACGGACUCAUUCUCAAGUACGAAAUCAAGUACCGCCGCUUGGGAGAGGUAGGUACCCCAGGAGACACCCUAACCCAGCCCCAGUUUGUGCCUCCAUCCUCUUCCCAGCCAGCUCUUCUGUGUUGCCCUCAGGAGGCCACAGUGCUGUGUGUGUCCCGCCUGCGAUAUGCCAAGUUUGGGGGCGUCCACCUGGCCCUGCUGCCUCCUGGAAACUACUCGGCCAGAGUUCGGGCAACCUCACUGGCUGGCAAUGGCUCCUGGACAGACGGUGUCGCUUUUUACAUCCCUGGCCCAGAGGAGGAAGACUCCGGGGGGCUGCACGUCCUUCUCACUGUCACCCCCGUGGGCCUCAUGCUGCUCAGCAUUCUCGCUGCCCUCGGUUUCUUCUACAGCAAGAAGAGAAACAGCACGCUGUAUACCUCUGUGAAUCCGGAGUACUUCAGUGCCUCGCAUAGUAGGUCUGGGGGUGGCUGGACGGGUGGUGUGGGAAAGGGAGGCAGGAGGGGAGAAGAGGCAGACUUCCAGACCAUCUUGGAGAAGGCAGCCUUGGGACCCGAGCCCUUCAGAAGAGAAGAGAAGUGGGUGGAGGUGUGGCAGAGAGCAGUACGCUCGCCUUGUGACUCCCACUUCCUCUCAGUGUACAUCCCUGAUGAGUGGGAGGUGCCUCGGGAGCAGAUCUCCAUAAUCCGGGAACUGGGCCAGGGCUCUUUUGGGAUGGUAUACGAGGGGCUGGCACAAGGACUUGAGGUUGGAGAGGAGCUCACGCCCGUGGCCCUGAAGACGGUGAAUGAGCUGGCCAGCCCACGAGAACGCAUUGAGUUCCUCAAGGAAGCCUCUGUCAUGAAGGCAUUCAAGUGUCACCAUGUGGUACGUCUCCUGGGUGUGGUGUCUCAGGGCCAGCCAACUCUGGUCAUCAUGGAGUUAAUGACCCGGGGGGACCUCAAGAGCCAUCUUCGAUCUUUGCGGCCUGAGGCAGAGAACAACCCUGGGCUCCCUCGGCCGGCACUGGGAGAUAUGAUCCAGAUGGCUGGUGAGAUCGCGGACGGCAUGGCCUACCUCGCUGCCAACAAGUUUGUGCACCGAGACCUGGCGGCCCGAAACUGCAUGGUGUCCCAGGACUUCACCGUCAAGAUCGGGGACUUCGGGAUGACUCGAGAUGUGUAUGAGACAGACUAUUACCGCAAGGGCGGGAAGGGGCUGCUGCCUGUGCGCUGGAUGGCCCCUGAGUCCCUCAAAGAUGGAAUCUUCACCACCCACUCGGAUGUCUGGUCAUUUGGCGUGGUGCUCUGGGAGAUUGUGACCCUGGCUGAACAACCCUACCAGGGCCUAUCCAAUGAGCAGGUGCUCAAGUUCGUCAUGGAUGGCGGGGUCCUAGAGGAGCUGGAGAGCUGUCCCGUUCAGCUGCAGGAGCUGAUGCACCGCUGCUGGCAGCAGAACCCGCGCCUGCGCCCAACUUUUACCCACAUCCUGGACAGCAUACAGGAAGAGCUGCGGCCCUCAUUCCGCCUCCUUUCCUUCUAUUACAGCCCAGAGUGCCGGGGGGCCCGGGCCUCGCUGCUGCCCACAGAUGCAGAGCCCGACUCCCCGCCAGCCCCUAAAGGGGCUUCCUCAGACUUCAGCCCCCAAAAUGGGGGUCCAGGGCACUGAGGGGCACCCCAUUCCCUGGCUGGUUGGCCUCCCAUGGGCAGAGAGGAAGGGACCUGACCUUUGCAGCUGUGAGAUGCUGAGACAGGGCAGGGGGUGGCCGAGGGGGGCACAGAGAGCAGGAGCAGGACAGAUUGGGGGUGACGGGGAGAGCAGAGCAGAGUCAUGGCAGGACAGAUUUUCUCAGGAAUCUGAUCCUCCAUGCGGAAGUAAUCAAGGCCACAACAGAAGUGGAGGUUAGACCAAGGACAAGACAUCCUGCCCUCUGAGUGAGAGAGCCUACUCAGACUAGGAAGAGAGGCCUGCCCGCCCCAGAGGCAGCGUCUGGGGAACCCCACCCUCGGCUUUGGAGCUCCUGUGGGCAUCUGGGGUCAUCAGCGCGUUUGAAACCAGAUGAGCAACCAGAAUCGGGGCUGGAACCCUCUCUGUCUGUGUUUGGGAGGCUGGGUUUGGGCAUCCACGUGACUGCUCCUCUCACCUCCUCCCCUCUGCCCCGUCCCACAGGGGUUGUGAGGAGAACCCAGGGAACCGGGCAAGUGGGUUCCCAGCCUGGCCUGGAGGCCUGCCCUCACCCCCCUUCCUCUCCUUUGCCAUACCCAAAGACCCCAAGCUUGGUGCUCCCCCUUCCUCUUCUCCAGGGCGUUCCCUUGGGGCAGAUUCACCCCUUCUCCCAGUCCUUUCCCCCUCAAUCCCCCUCCUACCCUUGGAUUAUUAAGGCUUUAAUAGCCUUGCUUCCUCCCUGCCCUCACUUCUGCCCCCCACCCCUGCCUCUCAUGGGAAGACUGGAGAAGGCACAAUAAAGGCCGAGGUCUGUUUAUACCCUCGUCCCGGGCAGCCCAUUAUCUCUCCAUCUAUAUGGUGUUAACACUGGAUGAACUUCCUCCCUCCCUC